UAUCCUCAGAAUUAUUUAGGGCGAGAUCAUAAGACAAUUUGUUUUAGCGUGAGCGUGUUUUUAUAUCAACUUCGUCUACUUACAGCCUAUUUCUUCGUCUCCUGAAGUUGCAGAGAUACUGUGCAAGUAUGUAUUCAAAAUAUGACCGUAACACAAACGAUGGAAGAGAUAGACAAGGUGACCGUGGGAGGUUCAGCCAAUCUUCAUCAGGCAGCAUGCUUGUGGAUGUUCCUUUCACUGGUCGGUUGGAUGAUUCUGGCUCUUUCCGCUCCAGAGAUUUCAACAAGCAAGGAUCCAGGACCUCUCCAAGGUCUAACUACUCGACCGGGAACACUCAGAGGUCCAGCUACCCUACCGGAAACACUUAUGGUAAUGACGACCUGAGUAGUAGCAGUGACCGAAAUACAUUCAGGAGGGAUCGAGAUGAUGACAGAUAUGACAACUCUGUACUCUCGAGGUCAGCCAGUGAUAGGGCAGACUUCUACUCUGACAGACAGUCUUAUGGAAAUACAGGAAGGGAUAACCUUGGCCAAGGACGAUCUUUUCAGGACUCUUCAUCUGACCUUAAAUCCCAUGAGAUGAGUUUCCCGACUUCACCCAGCAUGGGACAGUUCUCUUCCCAAGCCAGCAACCGUUACCCCCUGGACAGCGGUAGGGACCUCCAAAGGAACGCGCCCAGGGAGAUGCCGAGAGACAUGCCGAGAGACAUGUCAAGAGACAUGUCAAGGUUUGAUGACAUGAACACUGGUGGAUGCCAUAAUCUGAUCAGUUCUGGCAGGGCGACUGGAUACACAGAAAAUCUGGCUGCAAAGGUGCAGUUGCAGAAAGCCAUCCUUGAAGAACAAGCCUUGCUCCUAGAUAUGGAGCGUAAAAAGCUCAUGAUAGCCGGUCAUCAAGACCUAAGACGCAACCAAGGCAACCAAGGAGGACAGAGGAGGAGCCCAGGGCGUGGACCCAGACAGGACCAGAGGAGAAUGAGUGGAGGAGGAAGAGGACAGGGUGGUGGUGGAGGCAGAGGACAAGGUGGUGGUGGAGGCAGAGGACAGGGUGGUGGUGGUGGAGGUGGAGGCAGGCGCCAGUCAGGAGGAGGAGGAGGAGAUAAAGGUGGGAGAAACUUUGGAGGGAGCCAAGGAGGACAGCAGCAGCAGCGUGGUGGUCGCGGAGGUUUCCGUGGAGGCAUGCAGGGCGGGAGAGGAGGCCGAGAUGGGUCUCGUGACAGGAAGGGUGGUGGAAGACAACAAGGCCAGAAGCGCAAGAUGGAUUCACCAGGGAACCGUGGAAGCAGUGGUGGAAACAGGAAGCCCGAUUUUGCAGAACCACAAAAUAUCCCCUCCUUGGCCUCUUCAAGUCAACCACCAGUGAAACGGAAAGCAGUUGGAAAUGAUACACCUGUGGAUAGGUCCUCGGAUAGGAGUCCAGCAGCUGGAGACAACACGAAAGGGCGCCGUACUAAGAACCGACGUGAGAGAACGAUUGGAUCCUCGAGUAGCCAGAGAGGUGGAAGGGGCGGGUUUAAUAUUACACCCAGGGGUGGUUUCGGUGGUGCCCCCAGGGGCGGUUUUGGUGGUUCCGGCAGGGGCAAUUUUGGUGGUUCCGGCAGGGGCAAUUUCGGUGGUUCCGGCAGGGGCAAUUUCGGUGGUUCCGGCAGGGGCAGAUUCGGUGGUUCCGGCAGGGGCAAUUUCGGUGGAAACAGGUCACCUGGUGGAUCAUUGAAUUUGGAGCAGUUGUUCUGUCACAUCUGCCAGUGGCAAUGCAGGGAUAUCCAUUCCUUCAAGAACCACAUGUUCAGUAACAUGCACAUAGAGAACCUGUCUGAGAUCCAGAUGGUGGAGCAGGAGGUGGAGAUGAAACCUAAAGAAGGAGAAGGAGAUGGCGAAGAUGCAGUAGUGCCCAAGACCAAGACCUACCAGGUCAAGUUCUGUCUGCUGUGUAAGGAACAUAUCAGAGGGUCACUCGUAGCCCAUGCACAGACUGAGAAACACAAGGAGAAGAAAAUAGAGAAGAGUCCUCGGUGUAAACUGUGCAACGAAAGUUUCCCUGGAAUGGGUAUCUACAAGCGUCAUUUGAAGAGUCCAGAGCACUUGAAGAUGGUGGAAGAGAAAGGGGAGAUCCCGGAUAUGUUUGAAAUGGAAUCCCCCACAGCAGAAAAAGCUGAUGGGGAAUCCACAACUGCCAAAUCUUCAGACGAGAAUGGUCAGACAUUGACCACCACGUCUGACCAGGCUCAGAACGAGCCUGGUGAGGCCGAUUCUGCGGCCACUGCAGAUUCCCAAACCAAAUCCGGACCAGCACACAAGUCAGUCGAAGAAGACCAAGAGGAAGAUUUGUCUGUUUUCAAUCGAAACGUCUCCGUGGGGGUUCAGUACGUGGUGCCUGUCACAGGUUUCUUCUGCAAGCUGUGUCGUCGCUUCUAUACCAACGAGGCCAGCGCCUGGGUGACCCACUGUAGGACCGAGUCUCACUUCAAAGCAACCAAGGAUAAACGAGCAGCCAUAGCUGCUGCCCUAGCACAACGCAAUCAGGAGGAAGAGAAACUUGCUGCUGAGGAAGCAAAGGCCGCUGAGGAAGCGAAGGCCGCUGAGGAGGCAAAGGCCGCAGAAGAAGCAAAGGCCGCUGAGGAGGCAAAGGCCGUCGAAGAAGCUAAGGCCGCUGAGGAGGCUAAGGCUGCCGAGGAAGCAAAGAUGGCCGAGGAGGCUAAGGCCGCUGAGGAAGCCAAGGCCGCUGAGCAAGCGAAGGCCGCUGAGGAAGCAAAGGCCACUGAGCAAGCCAAAGCUGCAGAAAAAGCAAAGGCUGCUGAGGAAGGCAUUGCAGCCGAUGAGGAUAGCGAUACAACUAUCCCGGAAGACGCAGACAAGCCCACAGUUACUGCAGAGGAAAGCGAGAUGGAAACGCCAGAAGAAGCUCAAGAGGAGGCAGAAGAAGAAGAAGUGAUGGAGGAGGAUCUAGAGGAGGAUCUGGAGGCAGAAGAAGAAGUGACAGAAGUUCUUGAUGAAGAAGGAGGAGAGGAAGAAGAAGAUGUGAUGGAAGUGACCGAUGCGGUCGGUGGAGAUGAAGGAGGAGAGGUCAAGGAUGAAGUUGUGGAGGAGGCUGAGGAGGAGGGUGGGAAGAAGAAGAGUCCAAGAAGAGCUGCUGCCAGGAACACACGCACACGAAAACGCUAGGGAAGGAACCCUGGGACCUGGGGAACGGUGAUGUAGGGGGGAGGGCCGGGGCAAGAUGGAAGGAGGCUUGUGUACAUAAUUAUGAUGGAUUGUAGACUGAUAAAUAAGAUCCAUUUGGAAGAGCUUGUGACGGGAUACCAUUGAGAAGAAAAAUGAUUUUGAAUGUCUUGUACAGAAAUUCACAGUAUUGUAAGUAGGAUUUGCUGACCCAUGCAAAGAUAUACAAAUUUAGGUAAACCAUCUGAUGUGGAUAACUUGAACUGUAGGCAUGCAUGAUAUGAAUUUGUUAUUAAAAAGAAAUCAUGCACACAUUACUUGAAAAGAAUUGUACUGAAUAUUGAAUUGGUUAGAAGGUGUGGUGAAAAAUGUUCAUUAUAUUGACUUUCAUGCUAUUGUUCGAUCCUUCUUUUGUAAGUAUUAAAAUAUUGCUGAAUUAUAAUCUCCCGUAGUCCAAAUUCCCUAUUUCAUCACCUCCUUGUAGCAUUCUAGAAGCACGUUCUCCGAUAUCACUGUGCAUAAUUCAGCAUUCGUCCCGAACUUGACAUGGUAAAAGGUAUAUACUGUGUAAAUAUGUAGUUUCCAUGGUGACAUUUAGUAUUUGUGAUAAUUCUCUUCUACUGUUCUGUUUUUUAGAAUUUUAGACAGUGAAUGAUUAAUGAGAAAGGACCAUGUACUAUUUGUUUUUCAUUGGAGGUUAUUAUUCCUAAGUCUAGAUUCUGGAGACUCAAAUUCAAUUCAAGAUGAAGAUAGCCCCUGCUUAUUACAUUGUCCAUGUUUUUUAUUCAUGCAAGAACAUGUUUCUUAUGUGCUCCCCAAACUCAUAUUCUCAUCUGUGUAAGGCAUAAAUCAUUAUUACGCAGUUUUGAUAUGUUUAGCAUUGACUAGGUAUGUACUUCUCUUCCUUUUCUAUUUUAACAAGAUUUUGUGUUUGUUUUGUACAUUGUGUAUAUUUUACUGGCCCAUUUUUUAAUUAUUUUUUAUUAUGAUUUAAUUUGGUGUUCAAGAAGAAGAGUAAUCUAGGAUCAUGCCAUUUCAUGAUUUAUCCCAUAAAGUUCAUAUGAAGAUUUAAUUCAUUUGAAAAAAUUGAUAAAUCUGUGUUGUAGAGUAACAUCAUGUUGUUUUUACAGAAAAAAGGAAGUUCCUUAAAACAUUUUUGUAACAUAGGAAAUAUCAUUGCUUUGCUUUUUUGGCACAGGAAUACCAUUUUAAACAAUAUUUUUAGAAACAAAUUUUGAGUAUUUAUUUUAUUUUCUAUUUUAGGAAUCGCGAAUGUGAAUAAAUCUCAAAUGUGAAUAAAUCUCACUCUUCAUUUUGGGUUAAAGAAUGUAUAUGGAGGAAUUCCCAUGAAAAAGUUUAAAAGCUUUUCCAGUAUUCGCAGUGAUGGACAGUUGGUGGAUGCUGCCUUUAAAUGGCUAAAAUUGAAUAUUUGGACAUAAUUCUUCAUCAAUUUGUUGCAAGAAGAAAAGACAGUCAUUCAUCAAAAUGUUUAAGAAGUAUUUGCAGCAUGUCGUUUAUCACUGUGAACCACUAUCAUAAUUAUUCCAUUUGCAAUGGGAAAUAAACUUUAACUCAGUUUUUAAGUACAUAUUUUCAUUGGAUGUCAAAUCAGUUAUGUAGAAAAUGAGAGGGAGGUAAUUGGAAGUCCAUAAGGAUUUAUAAUAUUCCAAUUUUUAAAAUCUGAAUUCACUAAAAAUGGUUUUCGGGGGUAAAAGGAAGCUUGACUACCGUAAGCCAUUUUAACAUCACUCACUAUGUGAUUAUUAAAGUGAAUACUUUGCAUUAUAAACCUAUUUUUGUAUAGUUUUGUGCUUUGUUAUUAAACCAUUGUGAAUGCAAAUUUAA